CAAAAGAGUCCCGCAGGUACCCAAUGACAGUGGGUAUAAGGGAGUAGAAGAGAAAUAUACAGAAACAAAACUGCAACAGUACUAACGCCAAGGAAAACGUGACAAAACCAACGCAAAAGAAAAUAGAAGACGUGACACGAGGACGUAUCGUGGUCACAGAAAUAAGAAACAAAACGAACCACACUGGUCGAAGAUGUACCGUGAUAAACAUUACGGAAAAACAAAAGAAGAAAGACGUCGGGAUACAAGGACGUACCUAGGUCAAACUUACAUUAUAACAAACGAAAACAAGAAGAAAAAUUACAAGAAUACUAAUAAACAGGAAAGAGAAAAUUAUACGAGGAGGUAUCAAUAUAGAAAGGAUACAAAUACGAAGAAACAUAAAACAUAUGAAAGGACUUAUCAUAAAAAUAGAAAACAGAGAAACAGAGGAGCACAGCAAGCUCAACAAGGAAGAAAAAACAAAAAAUGGACGGUGACUUACAACCACCGUGAGCGAAGCAGAAGAAAGAAACAAUGGACUCAGGUGACUUACAACCGCCGUGAGCGAAGCAGAAGAAAGAAACAAUGGACUCAGGUGACUUACAACCUCCGUGAGCGAAGCAGAAGAAAGAAACAAUGGACUCAGGUGACUUACAACCGCCGUGAGCGAAGCAGAAGAAAGAAACAAUGGACUCAGGUGACUUACGACCACCGUGAGCAACAAAAGAAUUCGGUGCCUGAUGCAAAAUUUUCGGAAAUAUAUGCAAACUAGAUAGGGAUUGACCUUAAGGGUUAAAAACUAAGUCGUGUCGGAUGAUGCUAAGAGGUAGGCCUAGGGUGGUAGUUCGAAUCCCACUCGGCUAAGAGGACCUGCAUAUUUAACAUGAAAAUAGAUUGUUUACAUGAUGGAAAUAAGCAAAC